AUGGGAGCCCUCUGCAGCAAAGUGGACACUUUCGACAAGCGCGCCACCAAGCACAUUCCGGCACUCACGGCGCUUACAGACAACUACUUCUCCAUCCACAACCCAAACGAGAAUGAGUCUGCCCUCUUUUUCGCCUCGCUGCGAGUGGCGCUCCACAGCAUGCUACAUUGCAGUAAGGAAGAGGUGAACGAUGUCUUAAUCUCUUCGUGCAGCUGCAGCGUGAGCACAAGUGCUGCGCUUGAUAGGUAUCUGUCCAGGAACACAUUCAAGGUGGCACCGGAUCCCACGACUGCCAAGAUCAUGCAGGUGUGGAUGGCGUACGACAAAGACAACAGCGGCGACUUGAGCUACUCGGAGAUGAAGCGCCUGGUGGGGGGGCUCAACUUCUCGAAGGGUUUGACUGAAGAAAUCCUGAAACCCUUCAAGGACGACAAGCGCCAUACGAUCACCUUCGCCGAUUUUACGAGAGUGUACUCGGACGCCGUGAGCUUCAAGGAGCUUGGCUACGUCUUCAAGGGUUUAGCAGGCGACCGGGAGACCAUCUCGCGCGAUACUUUCGCCAGGUUUCUCUUCGAUGUCCAAGGCGAGAACUGCGAUGCCGAGACGCUCAACGAGAAGCUCGCUCUCAUGGGCUGCGUCGACACGGACGGCAUCACUGAGAAGAACUUCGUUGCGUAUCUUAUGAGCCCCCACUUCGACUCCGCGAUGGAGCAGAAGAAGCUCGAGGAGGUCUACCACGACAUGGACCAGACGAUCUCCUGCUACUUCAUCAACACUUCACACAACACAUACCUCACUGGCGACCAGCUCACGAGCAAGUCUUCCCCAGAGAUGUAUAAAAGGGUACUUCUCGACGGGUGCCGGUGCGUGGAGCUCGAUUGCUGGAACGGCCCUCAUGGUGAGCCGAUUGUGCACCACGGCUACACCCCCACCUCUCGCAUCGCCUUCAGAGAUUGCAUUACAGUGAUUCGCCAGCACGCCUUCACCGCUUCGCCAUACCCCGUGAUACUCUCGCUGGAGGUGCACGCUUCGGUGGCUCAGCAGGAUAGGAUGGCGGAGAUUCUCGAAAAAGAACUGGGCUCGCUGCUCUUCCAACCUUCGUGGGGCGCCGGUGUGAGGCCCACCAUACUCUUCUCGCCCAACAACUUGAAAUACAAAAUCCUCAUAAAGACAAAGCGCGGUGAUUUCUCUCCUGGUGAGUUGGGCAUCGACAAAUAUGACGACGCUGAGACGGACUCGGUGGCGACCACAGGCAGCAUUGACUACCUGGCGAUGAAGGCGGCUCGUAAGAAGGCCAAGAAGGAUGUGAUCAAGGUGUCGGAGAAGCUGUCAGCCAUUGUCUCCAUUGAGGCCAGUGGGUACAAGGGCGUCAAGGACUUAUCAUACCUGUUGGACAAGCAGCCGUACCACUGCUCCUCGUUCUCAGAGGGAAAAGUGGAGGCCAUCGCGCGUGAGAACCGCGACGCACUGGUGCGCAUCAACGACACGUACCUCAGCCGAACCUAUCCCGCUGGCUCGCGCUUCGACAGCAGCAACUACAAUCCGCACCUUUACUGGGAGUGUGGGUGCCAUAUGGUGUCUAUUAACUGGCAGUCCACUACCACCUUGGGCUGGCGCCUCAACCGCGGCUUUUUCCUCGACAACGGCCUCUGCGGGUACCUCCUGAAGCCGGACUACCUGCGGCCCAUAACCAGCUCCAAUGCAGCGGUGGCGGAGAAGUCGCGGCUGCUAACAGUGGAGGUGAUUUCGGGCUUCUCGCUUCCGAAGCCACCGAAGGCAAGCAAGUCAGACAUUUCUGAUCCGUUUGUGACAAUGUUUCUCGAGGGCCCUGGCGUGGACUGCACGCCAAUGAGCACGCACACGAUCCACAACAACGGCUUUCACCCCGUCUGGCGCGGUGCGGGGCAAACGGAACGGACAUGGACGGUGCACCGGUGGUCCAUGACAACCCUUGUGCUCCAGAUCCACGACCGCAAUAAGUACAGCCCAUCUGAGCUGCUCGCAGAUGCCGUCAUUCCUCUGCGUGUGCUUCGCAAAGGAUUCCGCAAGGUGCCCCUGAAUGACCACGCCGGCUACAACAUACCCGGCAGCUCUCUUGUGUGCCGCAUCGACUAUACGGAUGAGCCAGGGUCGUUUUAA